UCUAAUAACAUCCGGUUUUGCGCUUUUACGACCUCCGUAAUCAAGGAACCGUGGAAUCGGAACAUCCCGUAUCUUUUCGUGUAAUUUUUCAGGCUAGACCGAAGUACCACGAAAAAUGGCAGCACAACUUCCAGCAAAGGCUGCUUCUCUCCUAAAAGUUGGUGUUGCCUUGGCAAAACCUAAGCUGGCGGUUUUCCAGCAAUAUGCGAUGGUUGAAUUGACUCCACCCAAAUUUUCUGAUAUUCCUGCCAUUCGCGCCGGCAUCAAGAACAUCUUGAGUAGUGCCAAGAAUGGCAGCUACCGCAACCUCACUGUUCGGGAAGCAUGGUUAAACACCCUUGUCACUGUCGAAGUCCUUUGCUGGUUCUACGUUGGUGAAGUCAUUGGAAAACGACACAUUGUUGGUUACGACGUGUAAUCCAUCAAGCCUGCAGAUGUUGAUAGAUAAUUAUAAAUAUUUAUAAAUGUUCUCGAAAAAGUAAAACAUUCGCGACAAAAUAAACAACUACUAGAAUUUCAA